UGUUUUGUAUCCCAAAGACAACCAUUUCUCGCGGACUCAAACUGUUAAAACUGGAAGAUAACAUUUCCUGAAAAGGAACGGGAUAAGAACCGGGAAGGAGAAGAAAGGAGCAGAGAUUGGGAAAGUGAAAAGCAAUUCCGGCUGGAUGGAUUGACUGAAGUAUCAAUCAUCACAUUAAUUGAGAACUGCAAAUGGCAACAGGGUAACUGUCAAGCUUCUCUCCACAUAGAAUGAUAAUGGAGGCUUGUAUGUCAGGACAUUGACUAAUUUAUAUCCUCAUGAUGAACAUUGUCAUUGGUGCUUCUGACCAAAUGGUGGUAAUGAGAUGACUACGGAAAUGACAAUGGCAACAAAAUGUGCUGAAUCUAUUGAACUUUCCGCACCUUCGCCUCACUCUCCUUCAACACCAUUUCCUUCAAUCCACAAUGUCAGUACUCCACCAUCACAAAAGAAAAACCACCCAGUGGUACUUCCGCCACCACCGCCACCACCACCACCACCAGUAUUACCACCACCACCACCACCACCAUCAUUACUUUGUCAGUCGCAUUCUUCUCCAAGUCUUCAGAAAUCCAAAUUCAAGAAAGUGAACUGGAUAACUAUUCCAAAAGAUAGGAUCUUGGGAAAAAACAACAUCUGGACAAUGGAUAAGUAUGAUGAUGAUUUUCAGCUAGACACUUUAAUCAUGGAGAAGUUAUUCGAACAGGUGGAGAAAGUUUCAGGCCAUGAGCGAAAGCACUGGAGAAGAUCUAAACACAAUUACCGAGAUUCCACUGGUGAAAGAAUAUCUCUCCUGGAUUCCAGAAGAAGCAUGAAUGUGGGAAUAUUUCUUAAACAGUUUAAAAGAUCGGUGUGGGAAAUUGUAGAAGAUAUUAAACAAGGAACUGCUGAAAGAUAUGGUGCUGAGGAAUUGAAUAAGCUGCUGAAACUACUGCCAGAAGCUGAAGAGGUAAAGCGCCUUAAAAGGUUUGAAGGAGACCAGAGUAAACUGUCUGAGGCAGAUCUCUUUAUGCUACUUCUGGUGAGAGUGCCAAGUUAUUGCUUGCAUUUGGAAGCUAUGAUUCUUAAGGACGAAUUUGAACCACAAAUAAAAUCGCUUAUGACAUCUGUUUGUACAAUGAUAAAGGCUGCACAUGAACUACGGAACUGUGACGAGCUGCAUGCAAUCUUGAGACUGGUGUUGAAAGCUGGAAACCACAUGAAUGCAGGAGGAUAUUCAGGAAAUGCUGCAGGAUUUCGGAUUGCAUCACUGUUGAAACUUGCCGACAUUAAAGCAAACAAACCUGGCAUGAACUUAAUACACUUUGUAGCAAUGGAAGCAGAAAAAAUGGACCAAAAGCUUCUUUCCUUCCCAGAUAAACUAGAACACAUUGGAGCAGCUGCCAGGUUAUCUGAAGAUGGUAUACAGGAGGAACUAAAUAAGCUGUCAGAAAGAGUUGCCUCUCUGCAGACAGAUUUAAAUGAAGAUUCAGAGCUUGAAGCACAGAUAGCUCCCUUUCUACAAACUGCAAAGGAAAAACUGAAAGAAAUAUGGAAAACAAUGGAAUUCUUCCAAAGGAUGAGACAGUCCUUGGUAGAAUAUUUCUGCGAAGACGAAAAGUUUAAGCUGGAGGAAUAUUGCACUGUUCUCAAAGGUUUCUGUGAAAAAUUUCUCAAAGCAAUUCAGGAGAAUGCAACUCGUGAAAUUGAGCAACUGAAGAAGCAACAAAGGGAGAAGGAAAUGGAGGCGAAGCGGCACUCGGUAGCUACUUGUUCCUCUAUUGAAAUCGAACUUGGUCAAGAUGACCUGGCGAUAUCACUUGCUAGAAAUCUACAGAGUCACAGUAUGAAGCGAUCGGAGCGCAGGUCUUUUAAACCUGACUCUCUCUCUAAAGAACAUUGCACAGAGAAAACAUACCCUUCUGGAGGAAUAAUUGAGAUAGAACAAGACUGUGACAUAAAUGAUUUAAGUAGUGACUUCAGAGAAAAGGAACAGGCAAAUCUCCUGCGAAAGGUGUCAGAAAAGGUUCUGAAGCAACAGCUGGGUCACUGUAUUAUGCAAGUAGGAUAUCCUAUUCUAAAAGGGGCAAAUAUUCUCAACCAGGAAGCUGAGACUAACAAAGAAAUGGUAAAACCUGCACAAGAACUUGGAGAAUCUGAACAAAGUCUUCCAUUUAUCAAAGAAUGUCCAAAGUUGAAACAUACAGUUGAAUGCAGAACUCCAAACAAAAGCCAAAAGUCUUCUGAAAAUUUUCCAUUGAAAAAGUCACAUCCUAGUCAUUGCUCAAAAUGGAAUCGAGAAGAGCAGAGGGAGGAGCAAAAUGCAGCAACAAAGAGGAAACAAUUUCACCUAUCUUCUUCAACUUCUAAAAAGACGUUUGGUGGUGUAAAGACCAGAGUUGAUCAGAAGGAUCAAUUUGCCAAGAAACCUACGGCAGAGUUAAGCAAAGUUGAAAGCGGGAACUUGAUUACAAACAGAAAAAACAAAACAAGUACCAAUUCCACAAAUAUCCAGCCAAGUCAAUGUCUGAAAGGCCAGAGAACAGCAUCGUCUUUACAUAAAGGACAUACAUCUGAGAAACCUAUCUCUUCCUUGCCAACUUCAAUAUGUAAGAAUUUGCUAAGUCCAGGACAAAGGAAAUCUAUCACAUCAGGUAUUAAACAAGUAACUAAAGUAAAAGAGAUAAAACAGACUCCCACAGUACCUGAGCAGGCCACUAGCCCCAAGAGUUUAAGCAAAUCAGACAGUGGGACAUCAGGCUCCAGGAUUCCUUAUGCCAAACAAUCUCUGCAAUUAAAGAAACUAAACCCUGGUACAGACACUAUGGUGAAGCAUCAAACUGAUUCACUAAUAAGCAAAGGGAUGGGCCAACGCUCCAGGUCUCUAAAACUGAACAGGCAACCAGUGUGGCGAUGA